CAACAAAAACAUUCAAAGUGCACAACAGAUUUCGCGGAUUUGCGCCAGCAAAAAUGGUGUAUCAAGGAACAAUAAGUUAUGCGUACAUACAACAUUUAGCUGUGGAAACGAGGCGUCGCGUCGAAUCUCUGGAUCUACCGUACGAAGAUGAAUAUCGGAGUCAUCUGCAGUACCUGGGAAGCAAGGAAAAGUGCGUCCUGAAGUUGAGUUUCGUUCAUUGCCCUUGGAACAUUGGUAGUGCCCGAUUGCUUGCAAUAUUGCAGGAAGCAGACAUACUAACGGCCAGCGAGUACAUUCUAAGCAUCGAUUGUGCGGAUUCAACACAACAAAUCAUGAACGAUUUGCUGGAAACUGAGUACACUCUUCUUGCACACCUAAUUUCCUUUGCAUACAAAGAAAACGACCGUUCUCUGGCGCUUGCAAAUAUUCUGAAGGGAUGCUUUCGGUCAUCGUUGACGGAUCUGAAGAAGAAUCCCAACAUCAUUCCUACUAACUAUUUAGCCUCACUCAAGGAGCAUUUGCAGCCAGAUGAGCUUGCCGUGGUGAGAAAGGAACAUUUGCAUCUGCUGUUGGCAGACUCGGAAGAGGUGUGUUCGCUGGAUAAAGCGCUGGCCGAGCAGGAGCAUUGGCGCGACGAACUGCAAUGUCUGAAUGGAUCAAUUCUCGAUGCUAUAAUCAACGAAAUUCUAGUUGAUGAAACAAACUGCAUUGAUACUCUCCAAAAGGCAUUCGAAGGCUCCGCCGGAAUGUCGCUCAAACAUGCACUGUACAUGUUGAGUGCGCUGUCCAAAAGCGUUGGGGAGAACAAUGAAAAGGCAAAACUGGUCAAAGAUUGGAUCAAAGCAUUGUUCCGUGAAACCAUCGAAACCGGAUUAACCAGUAAGUUGAAGGGAUUGCUUCUAUUGGCACGUGAAAUAUGUACCGCAAACGAAGCGAUACUGGGCCCCUAUGCGUCGUGGUACAAGCACACGAUCGGUGAAAUGAAGUACAACAUAACCAAGAAUCAAUUCGUAAGAAUGAUAGAAAUGUUAACUGCCGUGCUACCGUUCGAAAAAAGCCUCAAGAUGCUGGAGAUUCACUCGACGACCGCUAUUUCUGCACCGGUAAAGUGUAAUCAACUCGUGCUCGAUUACAAGCAGGCUUGUCGGGUGCGCAUCGCCAAACUGAGCGCCCCACUCGAGCAUUCCUUAAAUGUCGAAUAAUGCUGAACAAACAUUUGUGUACUUUAUUCUAUUUAUUCACCCGUUCUUGCGCCCCAUACCUGU